UUGACACUGCUUUUCCUAAGCCAUCUUUGCUUUAACAUAACUCUCUACCUAUUUUCUUUCCCAGGGAAAACACUCCUAAAACAGCAGGGAAACCAUCCAUGGCAGCCUCUCCUUUGUCUUCUUCUUCAGCUCUCUCAAAACCCAUCUCCAAACACCAUUCUUUUUCUCUGAACACCCCUCAAAAAGUCACCUUUCCUCUCCUCCCAAAAACCCUUCAAAAACCCUCUUCUUUCCCUUGCAAUCAUGUUCUUCAUCCCCAGAAAUCUGAGUUUACCACCUCCUCUAAAAACCCCAUCUCUGACUUCUUUUCAGCAAACAAAAAUGAAGACGGUUUGGUGCCUCCUUUUAGUGAUGAUGACGACGAUAAGCCCCGUGAGGAGUGUGGUGUGGUGGGUAUCUUUGGUGACCCUGAAGCCUCACGUCUCUGCUAUUUGGCCCUCCAUGCGCUUCAGCAUCGUGGACAAGAAGGUGCAGGUAUUGUUGCAGUGAAUAACAAUGUUCUUCAGUCGGUUACUGGGGUUGGUUUAGUAUCUGAAGUGUUUAACGAGUCUAAACUUGAUCAAUUACCUGGUGAAAUGGCUAUUGGACAUGUUAGAUAUUCAACUGCUGGUUCUUCUAUGUUAAAAAAUGUGCAGCCUUUUGUUGCUGGGUACAGGUUUGGGUCCAUUGGGGUUGCACACAAUGGAAACUUGGUAAACUACCGAGCUUUGAGAGCUAUGCUUGAAGACAAUGGUUCAAUUUUCAAUACUAGUUCUGAUACUGAGGUUGUACUUCAUUUGAUUGCUAUUUCAAAAGCUAGGCCUUUCUUUUUGAGGAUUGUUGAAGCUUGUGAGAAGCUUGAAGGAGCUUAUUCAAUGGUGUUUGUGACCGAGGAUAAGCUUGUUGCAGUGCGUGACCCCCAUGGAUUUAGGCCUUUGGUAAUGGGAAGGAGGAGCAAUGGUGCUGUGGUUUUUGCCUCUGAAACAUGUGCUCUUGAUUUGAUCGAGGCAACAUAUGAGCGAGAGGUGUAUCCUGGUGAAGUAUUGGUGGUGGAUAAAAAAGAUGGGGUUCAAUCAGUUUGCUUGAUGCCCCACCCUGAACCAAAACAAUGCAUUUUUGAGCAUAUAUAUUUUGCUUUGCCUAAUUCUGUUGUUUUUGGAAGGUCUGUUUAUGAAUCAAGGCAUGCUUUUGGGGAAGUACUUGCUACCGAAGCUCCCGUUGACUGUGAUGUCGUGAUUGCAGUUCCGGAUUCUGGCGUGGUGGCUGCUCUUGGUUAUGCAGCCAAAGCAGGGGUGCCAUUCCAGCAAGGCCUGAUCAGGUCUCACUAUGUAGGAAGAACUUUUAUCGAGCCUUCGCAGAAGAUUAGAGACUUUGGAGUGAAGCUAAAGCUUUCACCUGUUCGUGGUGUAUUGGAAGGUAAGAGGGUUGUGGUGGUGGAUGACUCAAUUGUGAGAGGAACCACAUCUUCAAAAAUUGUUAGGUUGAUUAAGGAAGCAGGGGCUAAGGAGGUUCACAUGAGAAUCGCAAGCCCACCGAUCAUCGGUUCUUGUUAUUACGGAGUGGACACACCAAGCUCUGAGGAGUUGAUAUCGAAUAGAAUGAGUGUGGAGGAGAUAAGGGAGUUCAUUGGAUGUGAUUCACUGGCAUUUCUGCCAUUCGAAAGCUUGAAGAAGAUGUUGGGCAGUGAGUCUCCAAAUUUCUGUUAUGCUUGCUUUUCAGGAAAAUACCCAGUGAUGCCAAGGGAGGUUAAAGUGAAACGGGUUGGGGAUUUCUUGGAUGAUGGGCUGAAUGGACCUAUGGAUUCCAUUGAUGGAGGGUGGAUUCAAGGCCCACGAGAUUUGAACGUUGAGAAAGAAAUUGAUCCCCUGUAUCAAAAGAGCAACAUUUAGCUGUUUCAAGCAAUGACUUUAGAGGGGAGAAAGAUCUAUCUUUGGGUGGAUCUCAAUACACACUUUUUGCUUUCAUCUAAAUUCUAAAGCUUAUACAAUUUUGACCCACUGUUUUGGCUCUACAAACUAAUCUCUAAUAGACGCUGGGUUGAUGUGUUUGCUUUGUUUAUGCAUUUUAUGAAGUCGAGUUUCCUA